AUGGCUUCUUCUAGCCGUCAUUCGGAGGCGAUGGAAGAUACGAUACGUUUCAAUAUUGAAGAAGAGGAUCUGGAAGCAGUCAUCGUGACAGCGGGGGAAAGAGAAGAAGGCAUAGACGAUCGAUGGUGCUUGGUGGGGAGAUUACUAUCAAAUCGGGUUAUUGAUUUUGAAAAAAUGCAAAAUGUGUUAGCCUCUCUAUGGCAGCCAGGUAUGGAGAUGUUUGUUAAACAACUUGAUACUAAUCGAUUUCUAUUUCAAUUUUACCACGAAGUCGAUAUCCAACGCGUGAUCAAUGGUAGUCCUUGGACAUAUGAUAGAAUGCAAUUGAUUAUUGAAAGGUUGAAUGUUGGAGGAGACCCGAAGCUACUAACUCUGAAUACGCUUGACAUUUGGGUUCAACUUCAUGAUGUCGAACUGGGGUGUAUGUCGGAAUCAACGAUACGCAAAGUGGGGAACACAAUGGGAAAAUACUUGGAGUCCGAUCCUAAGAAUUUCAUUGGUGUAUGGAGAGAUUAUCUUAGGAUGCGAAUCACUUUGAACAUCGAGAAGCCACUACGAAGAAGAAUGAAGAUCACAAAGGAAGAUGGGAAUUGGUUUUGGAUCAAUUUCAAAUACGAGAGGUCUCCUACCUUUUGCUUCAUAUGUGGUAUCAUUGGCCACUCCGAUAAGUUUUGUCCACGCAUUUUUCAUCAACCGAUUGAUCAAAUUGAGAAGCCUUAUGGAGAGUUUAUGAAAGCGCUUCCUCAACGUAAUCAUAAACAUCGGGGCGCGGUUGCUACGAACAAGAGGAUGGUGUCCAGCGGCGGCGGCGACGACUGGAGCUGCUGGUUCUGGGGUGCAUGA